AUGGAGCGAUGCUUUAGUGUCAGCAGGGAUGACUCUGCUCCUUGCUCCCCACCUCCUCCAGCAUCGCCUCCUUCUCCUCCUCAGGCCCUCCCUUCUCCUCGUCACCCCCCUCCUCUUCCUCCCUCCUCUCCCUCGGCAGCCCUGACUCCUCCUCCCCGACAAGGAAGGCUGAAUUGCGCUGGAGCCAUGGUGGACGUCAGCAAGUGGCCCCUCUUCUCUCUGCUGAGCACUGAGGAGCUGGCCACAGUUCGACAGGCCUGCGUCUUCGGGACCUCUGCUAAUGAAGUCAUCUACAUCACACACGGCAAUGAGGUAUUUGUGUUUGGGUUGAACAGCAGUAGCUGCCUUGGCACAGGAGACAGUCUGAGCACCAUUGUGCCAAAGAAACUGGACUUCCUGCGGGGGAAAAAGGUAGUCAGCCUGAGCUAUGGAAGUGGGCCCCACGUCCUAUUGGCUACUGAUGAUGGACAGCUGUUUGCUUGGGGCCACAAUGGCUACAGUCAGAUGGGGAACGGGACGACCAACCAGGGACUGUCCCCGGUGCUGGUCACCGCCAACCUACAGAACAAGAAAGUGAGAGAAGUGGCGUGUGGCUCACAUCACUCCAUGGCCCUCACUCACGAUGGAGAGGUCUUUGCGUGGGGUUACAAUAACUGCGGCCAGAUUGGCUCAGGCUCCACAGCCAACCAGCCCUACCCCAGGAAAGUCACCGGCUACCUGCAGGGCAAGACUGCGGUUGCCAUCACGUGUGGGCAGACCUCCUCCAUGGCUGUCAUCGACAACGGAGAGGUUUAUGGCUGGGGCUACAACGGUAACGGACAGCUGGGUAUUGGUAACAACGGAAACCAGCUGACGCCUUGCCGCCUCACUGCACUCCAAGGGCUGUGUAUUCAACAGAUUGUAUCAGGCUACGGCCACUGCCUGGCGUUAACAGACGAAGGGCUGCUCUACGCCUGGGGAGCUAACACCUACGGUCAACUGGGAACUGGCAACAAAAGCAACCACCUCAGCCCCGUACAAAUCAUGGCUGACAAAGAGAGGGUUGUAGAGGUCGCAGCAUGCCAUUCAACACAUACUUCAGCAGCCAAGACCCAAAGCGGGCAGGUGUAUAUGUGGGGUCAGUGUCGGGGUCAGUCCAUCGUCAUGCCGCACCUCACACACUUCAUCAACACUGACGACGUGUUCGCCUGCUUCGCCACGCCCUCCGUCAUGUGGAGGCUCAUGUCUAUGGAGCAUGACGACUUCCUGACGGUUGCGGAGGCUCUGAGGAAAGAGUUCGACAGUCCAGAAACAGCCGACCUAAAAUUCAGCGUCGAAGGCAAAUGCAUUCACGUUCACAAAGCUGUGCUGAAGAUCAGGUGUGAGCAUUUCCGGUCCAUGUUUCGCUCCCAGUGGACGGAGGAUCAGCAGGACGUGAUAGAGAUCGGCCAGUUCUCUUACCCCGUCUACAGAUCCUUCCUGCAGUUCCUCUACACAGACACCGUUGACCUGCCACCUGAGGACGCCAUCGGCCUGCUGGACCUGGCCACCUCUUACUGUGAAAACCGCCUGAAGCGUCUGUGUCAGCAGAUCAUCAAGAGAGGAAUCACUGUCGAAAACGCCUUCACACUGCUGUCUGCUGCCAUACGAUACGACGCCGAGGACCUGGAAGUGUUUUGUUUCAGGUUCUGCGUAAACCAUCUGACUCAGGUGACUCAGACCGGGGCCUUCUGGCAGGUGGAUGGAGGAAUGCUCAAGGAGUUUAUCAGCAAAGCUAGCCGCUGCGGGGCCUUUAAGAACUGAGUGGUACUCUUGUGGGCUUUUAUUUUUAUUUUAUUUUUACAAACUAUAUUCUGACCAAGUGGAUGUGGUUGUGUUCCGAGUGUAGCAGCGGGUCACCGCUCCUAAAAUAUCAGUUCUGAUCACAUUCCUAAGCCCUUUUUUGAAAUGUCUAAUAACAUAUUCACUGAGGCACAUGUGGACACAUACGCAGCAUCAUUCACAAGAUGUCGGACUGGAAUCUAAGCUGCACUAUCCGUGGAUCUGAAAUCAGCACUUUGGCCAAUUCCUGUGGAGUCACUCGUCAAAGUCCUGACGCCUUUUCCUGCCGCACUGCAUCGUAUUCUUUACAUGCUGUAUGUAUACUUGAAUUUUUGUUUGUUUCCUCGGCCAGCGCUUACACAUCCUGACACGUCCUCCUUUUAUUUCUGGAAAGGUUAAUAUGGGAGACCAGAAACCUGGAAUGAAUAUGAAACUAGUUCAAAGAACAGUCUGUGUCUUUGUUAGGGAACUGAAAGAGGUGUUUUGUUAAAAGAGGUUAGAUAACUGACUUGAUAACACUGGCCAGGACACUAAUACCACUGUACUGAAACACAUCCUUGAAUUACUUCUACUAUCCUUUUCUGUCAUUUUCAAUUUGCAGUCUUGAUGUUCAGGCAAAAGUAGCUCUAGUAGUAGUCUUAAACUUUUAUAUUCAAUGUUACUGUUUAAGCUAUUGAGUCCCAUUCAGUGGAGACAGUUGAUCCAGAUCCUAUGUGAUGUUAUGGGUCACUUGGUUGGUUUUUUUAAAAUCUUCUUGCUGGUAUUUUGUACAUUUUGGAAGUUCAAAACGAUUGUGGGAUGUAUAUUAUUUCCCAUUUUAUGUUUUCUUUCGGUAUACUCAUUCUGCCUGACUUAAAUGUUUUGCUCUAAAGCACUUUAAGAAAGUACAUAUGGUUUGGCUUCAUAUUCACUAGAACACUAAUAGUUUAAUUAUCUAACGUGCUGUGGAAGGGAAGACUAGACAAUGUUGCGCUUGAGGUUUUACAAAAGCAACAGUGAACAUUUCAUGCACUGUUACAUCACUAGCAGCGUCCUUCAUUUCUUGCAAGUGUAAAAGUUGUAAAGUGUAUCCAAGGUAGGUGGUAUGUUACAGCAGACGCUUUAUAUUUAAAGAAUAACCUAUUUCCCUUAUGACACUGGGACCUUUUAAUAAACUGAUCCGAGGUGACUGUUUGCAUCGGUUUGGCAUACGUUUAAAGAAACACACGGGCAACAUGGCAAACUCAUUAAGACCAAGAGGAGUCCUUCUCAUCACAUUUUCUGUCCGUUUUUCCUGCAGAUUGCAGUGAAAAUGCACUGAAGACACAGCAAGCUAAAGCAAUGUGAACACUUUGAAAUGCUCUGUAAAAAGAUGUGAGACGUUUUGUUUUAAUAUUAUGUUUGCUCGGGCUCAUGAUGACCAAAAAACGCCUGCCCUGCCUGUCCUAGUUUUUUUUUCUUUCUGCUGCGUCACCAGGCAUUGUAAGAAAAUGUUACAGAGUAGAUCGAGAGACAAGAGUGUUAUUGACCGGGUCAGCUGGCAGCAACACUGGUGAGAUCAGUUUCUGUUUCCUCCGUUAGGUUUCUAUUUCACGAGGCACUCGGAUGCUUGAAAGAACCAUUUUAAUUGGGUUUGAACUUGGAUCUCUGUUUAUUAUAAAAGCACAGUUUCAUUCAGGUUACAAAACAUUUUUGGUGCAUUGAGGUUAGGUUUCUGUGGCUGUUACUGCUUUAGUGGAAUGAUGAGCAGGUUUACAGUUUUCUUCUUGUUUUAUAUAAAAAGCAAACUGGAAAAAUAAGAUUGUUUUGCUCACUGUAAUAAGAUAAAAAAUAUAUAUUUUUAUUGUGCUUUGUUAAGCUCUUAUUUACAUUGGACAAGUUCAUGAAACUGCUGGUAAUUUGGUUUGAAUUCCGCUCAUAGCCUAAUGGUUUACUUUGAGGCGAUCAGCAUUACAAUUUUGGGAUUUGUAUGACUUUUUUUGUUACAUAACUGUGACAUGUUAUUUUGCUUUUUUAUAUUUAGCUAUGGGAUGACAUGUUUCUGUAAAGAAAUAAACAACUCCAAGCUCU